GAGAGAGAGAGAGAGAGAGAACAGGAAACAGUGUUUUUGAGACUCUUCUUAAAAAGUCCAUUGGAGAAUUUGACAGAAGAGCUGUUCUCCAGCCCAACUAAAAUGCCCAACUACACAGUGACUGUAGCCACAGGCACACAGUGGUUUGCUGGAACAGAUGACUACAUUUACCUGACCAUGGUGGGAUCUGAACACUGCAGUGAGAGAACUCUCCUGGAUAAACCCCUCUAUAAUGAUUUUGAGAGAGGAGCGGUGGACUCAUAUGACAUCAGUGUUGGAGAGGACCUGGGUGAAAUCGAGCUGAUCAAAAUCGAAAAGAAGAAAUACUGGAUACACGAUGAUUGGUACUGCAAAUACAUCACGGUCAAGACACCACACGGGGAUUACAUUGAGUUUCCCUGCUUCCGCUGGUUUGUCGAUGACAAUGAGGUGAUCCUCAGAGACGGCAGGGCUCGAUUGCCACAGCAAGAUAAGACCAGGACCGUGAAGCAGCACAGACGCAAAGAGCUGGAGCACAGACAAAAGACAUACAGAUGGAAGGAAUGGCACCCUGGCUUCCCUAUGAGUAUCGAUGCCAAAGCCCACAGCGAGCUUCCACGCGACAUUCAGUUUGACAGCGAGAAAGGGGUCGACUUUGUUCUCAACUACAGCAAAGCGAUAGAGAACCUCUGCGUAAAUCAAUUCAUGCACAUGUUCCAGUCCUCAUGGACGGAUUUUGCUGAUUUUGAGCGAAUAUUUAUGAGAAUAAAGAACACAAUAUCAGAAUAUGUGAUGGAGCAUUGGAAGGAGGAUUUUAUGUUUGGAUACCAGUUCCUGAAUGGCUGUAAUCCUGUGGUCAUCACAAAAUGCACAGAGAUACCAGACAAGUUUCCAGUCACACAUAAUCUUUUGGAGGACAGCCUGGAGAGAGGUCUCACUCUUGAAGAAGAGCUCAAGGCAGGAAACAUCUUCAUUGCUGACUAUGAGGUAGUAAAUGGAGUGACUGCCAAUUCUACGGACCCAUGCACUCUUCAGUAUUUGGCUGCACCCAUCUGCCUGUUGUACAAGAACAGUCAGAACAAAAUCAUGCCAAUUGCAAUUCAGUUGGGUCAAACUCCAGGGCAUGAUAACCCAAUCUUCCUCCCGAGUGAUGAUCAGUAUGACUGGUUGCUGGCCAAGAUCUGGGUGAGAUCUUCGGACUUCCACGUACAUCAGACAGUCACGCAUCUCCUUAGGACACAUCUGAUAUCCGAGGUCUUUGGUAUAGCCAUGUACAGACAACUACCUGCAGUUCACCCUGUUUUUAAGUUGCUGUUACCUCACAUCCGUUUCACCAUUGCUAUUAACACCAAAGCUCGUGAGCAACUCAUCUGUGAGUGUGGACUCUUUGACAAGGCUAAUGGCACAGGUGGAGGAGGCCACGUAGAACUAGUCCAGAAGUCCAUGAAGACCUUCACCUACAAGUCCUUGUGUUUCCCAGAGGCCAUAAAAGCUCGAGGCAUGGACAACCAGGAGGAACUGCCGACCUACUUCUACAGAGAUGAUGGCUGCAGAGUCUGGGAGGCUGUGACAAAUUUUGUGACAGUUGUGGUGAACAUCUACUAUGACAGUGAUGACACACUUCAGAAAGACGAAGAGAUUCAAGCGUUUGUUAAAGAUGUUUGCAGCUUUGGGAUGCAGGAUUUUGACUUUUGUGAGUUUCCCAAAGCUUUACAAACCAAAGAGCAGCUAGUGGAGUAUCUUACGGUGGUAAUAUUCACUGCCUCUGCACACCAUGCUGCGGUUAACUUUGGUCAGUAUGACUGGUGUUCGUGGAUUCCGAAUUCCCCUCCAACCAUGCGAAAGCCUCCUCCAACAAAAAAGGGAGAGGUGGAUCUGAAGUACAUAGUGGAGAGUCUGCCUGAUCGCGGCCGCUCCUGCUGGCAUCUGGGAGCCGUGUGGGCCCUCAGUCAGUUUCAAGAAAAUGAGCUGUUUUUAGGCAUGUAUACUGAUGAGCAUUUCAUUGAGAAACCUGUGAAGGAGGCCAUGGUGAAAUUUCGCAAUAAUCUUGCAGAAGUGACCAAAGUCAUCAAGAACCGAAAUGAUGGCAAGAAGCUGCCAUACUACUAUCUGUCUCCAGACCGAAUCCCAAACAGUGUGGCUGUCUGACACACCAGGAUAAGAUGCUUUAACAGAGUUGUGUUAGAGAGUCAGGAUUCAUUCAUGAUUCAACAGGAAUCAUUUUUAUGCAUCAUGCUUAUGUUUUCUCUUUUUCCUAUUUUAAUACAAGUGCAUGAUUCAUAUACUUUUUACUGUAUUUUAAAUAGUCUUUGUAACUUUUUACUUUAAUAAAUGAUCUGAUAAUAAUUUGCUCUGCCUACAAAAUGACUUACACCCCUCUUUUUAAAUGCCUCUUCAUUUUUUAGUACAUCCUAUCCAAUUAUAUGUUCUGUUUUAUAACGCUCACUUUUUAUGAUUCAACCACCGAAUAUUUUUCUUGAAUGUAUAUACAUAUAUAUCUGGAAUACAGAAGUGAUAAAAUCAUGUGUUAAAUGCAUGGGGUUGCAAAUAGAAUUUCAUGUUGACUUAAGAAGGAAACAAAAUAAAUGUCAUAAUAUUGUAGCUCUAAUUUUCAAAUGUCAAAUAAACGGUUAUUAAUAAUUUAUAAUUUAUAAUAUUUUUGUAAGAAUAAUUAUUUCAUAUGAAUAAAUAACUUGCUGUAGGCUACUUUACUCUUAAAAAGAAAAAAAGGUGUUGCAAAAAAUAGCAGUUAUUUUUUCACCACAGUUGUUGCUGUUUCUGGUAAUAUACUAUACUUGAGUACAUGGCGGUUUCCCACUUCCUUUUGCUGCAGUUUAUUUAACAGUUAAACGAAUAUAAGAAAAUCUCACAUAAUGUUGUACUCUUUUCAUUGCUUUCUUAAUUUUACUUAUCAAACAAAACCAAUAAGAAGUAUGUAUUACAGGUAGAAUAAUGUUACUGUAUCUUGCAUAUGAAAACCUUGUUUUAUACAUGAUCAUUUUAGCAAUGUACCCAUAAUAUCCACAUUAAAAAAUAAAAAAUGCUUUGUGCUAAGAAAGCCCUUGGAAAUUUUUAGCUGUCGAAAGUUGUAAGGAGGAAGUUCUACAUCCAUGUAAAUGGGAAGAACAAAUCUUACAUCAUAUCCUCAACCUUGCGGUUUUCCUAUAAUUGAAGAAGCUCGAGUGUAUUUUUCCUUUUUGGUUUUUACCCCCAAAAUAGGUAUUGCCUAACUACAUGCUUGAUAAACUAUAAUAUUGAUUCAGACCUUUUCCUUUCGAACAUUUAUCAAGUAAACUUACAAUAUA